UCUGAGGGAGGGAUGCUGCGCCGGGAUGUUUUAACGGGAGGGGGGGAAACGUAAGGGACUCCUGGUGUGCAGCCUUGGCGUGUACGGGAGCCGUCUGCAGACAGCAGCCGUUCCCCGGAGUUCGUGUGACGGCCUGGACCGCGGGGAAACGGAUCCUGGGGUGGAGUGCGAGAGAACAGGCCUUCGUGUCUCACGUUUGUGUAGUUACUGUGUUGCUUGUCGUAGCUGGGCUGUGGAGGAUGGCGCUUGGGAGGGAGGUACUGACUGCACUGAUAGCACACGGCAGCUCCCUCCCUACCUGGCAUUUCUGGCGAACAGCACGGGGCGUCUGUUACAGGCACCUCACAGCUGGUGGGUUGUGUCUCAUGCUGACAGACCCGUGCGGUGGAUAAGCUGGGAGCCAUUCUGCUGCUGUGGCACUGUGCUGUAAAUCUGUCUCUUACAGGAGAAAGGUCAGUCGGCACUGAUGUCUGUAUUAAGCACAGCACGCAGUUCUGUCUUGGAGCUGACUGGAUGUGCUUAAUUUCUUCCUCUGCCCUUUUGGAAUUGUUCAGAAGGACUUUAAUUCAGCAUCCGCACAUGAAAAUUAUGGAUCAUGGAUUUUCCGGGACACUUUGAGCAAAUCUUUCAGCAGCUCAACUACCAGAGACUUCAUGGCCAACUUUGUGACUGUGUCAUUGUGGUGGGAAACAGGCAUUUCAAGGCCCAUCGCUCCGUUUUAGCAGCAUGUAGUACACACUUCCGAGCUCUCUUCACUGUAGCAGAAGGAGAUCAAACCAUGAAUAUGAUUCAGCUGGAUAGUGAAGUGGUGACAGCAGAAGCUUUUGCUGCCCUCAUAGACAUGAUGUACACUUCCACACUUAUGCUCGGAGAGAGCAACGUUAUGGAUAUCUUGCUGGCUGCAUCUCACUUGCAUUUGAACUCCGUUGUUAAAGCAUGCAAGCACUACCUUACUACCAGGACGCUGCCGAUGUCUCCGCCCAGUGACAGGGUUCAAGAGCAGAAUGCACGCAUUCAGAGGUCUUUCAUGCUUCAGCAGCUUGGGCUGAGCAUUGUGAGCUCCGCGUUGAAUUCCACUCAGAGCUCAGAGGAGCAGCCGAGCGCCAUGAGCUCCACCAUGAGAAGCAACAUAGAGCAGCGCUCCGCUUUUCCUAUUCGCCGUCUCCACAAGCGUAAACAGUCCUCUGAAGAUCGGGCCAGGCAGCGAAUGAGGCCUGCCAUAGAUGAGGCUGUUUCUGACGUGGCUGCAGAGAGUGGGCAGUCGGUUGUUCAUUCACGGGAAGAUUUCUUCUCACCAGAUUCGCUGAAGAUAGUGGACAACUCUAAGGCUGAUGCUGUUGCUGAUAACCAGGAGGACAAUAAUAUUAUGUUUGACCAGUCUUUCGGUGCUCAGGAAGAUACUCAGGUGCCCAGCCAGUCCGACAACAGUGGAGGAAAUAUUUCACAGAUGUCCAUGGCAUCACAGGCAACACAAGUGGAAACCAGCUUUGACCAGGAGGCCGCGUCUGAGAAAAACAACUUCCCAUGUGACAAUCCAGAGGUCAGCAUAAAUGAAAAAGAGCACAUGAGGGUGGUGGUUAAAUCUGAGCCCUUGAGUUCCCCGGAGCCUCAGGAUGAGGUGAGUGACGUCACUUCCCAAGCAGAAGGCAGCGAGUCUGUUGAAGUGGAAGGAGGAGUUGUGAGUGCAGAGAAGAUAGAGCUGAGUCCUGAGAGCAGCGAUCGUAGCUUUUCUGAUCCGCAGUCUACUACAGACCGGGUAGGAGAUAUCCAUAUUAUGGAGGUGUCAAAUAACCUGGAACACAAGUCUACUUUCAGUAUCUCCAAUUUUCUGAAUAAAGGCAGAGGUGGCAGCUAUGGUGCUAGUCAAACUACUGAUGACAACAUUCCAAAUACAACGAGUGACUGUAGAAUGGACAGUGAUGCUUCUUUCCUGAUGAGUCCAGAGUCAGGGCCCACUGGCGGUCACUCGUCUGCCACAGUCUCUCAUGUUGAGAAUCCCUUCAGUGAGCCUGCGGAAUCCCAUUUUGUUAGACCAAUGCAGGAUGUGAUGGGUCUUCCCUGUGUACAGACUUCUGGGUACCGGGCUGCGGAACAGUUUGGUAUGGACUUUCCAAGGUCAGGCUUGGGCCUGCAUUCUCUGUCAAGGGCGAUGAUCGGCUCUGUAAGAGGGGGAGCCAGUAGCUUUCCUGGCUACCGCCGCAUAGCCCCCAAAAUGCCUGUUGUAACCUCCGUCAGGAGCUCCCAGCUGCAGGAUAACUCGCCUGGUUCCCAGCUGAUCAUCAAUGGCACCACUUCUUUUGAGAAUGGGCAUCCUUCGCAGCCUGGUCCUCCGCAGUUGACACGGGCAUCUGCAGAUGUUCUUUCGAAAUGCAAGAAAGCCUUAUCUGAGCACAAUGUCUUGGUUGUAGAAGGUGCACGCAAAUAUGCAUGUAAGAUCUGCUGCAAGACUUUUUUGACCUUGACGGACUGUAAGAAACACAUCCGUGUGCACACAGGAGAAAAGCCUUAUGCCUGCCUGAAGUGUGGCAAACGGUUCAGUCAGUCCAGCCACCUUUACAAACAUUCCAAAACAACCUGCCUGAGGUGGCAGAGUAGCAACCUACCUAGCACUUUGCUUUAACUGCUUGCACCUCCCAGCCUGAAUGAGAGUGCCAGUACAAACUCUUAACUCUCUGAAGCACUGCAGGAGCAUUAACACUAUUUUGCUCAAGCUAAGAAGCUGCUUUCGUAGGUCUGUGAACAGUUGUGUGUGGUUGUGCCACACGCUAAAGUCUUGAUUCUAUAAAUUGGGGAUAAUACCAUACCUACCUCACAGGGGUGUUGUGAGGAUUAGACAACUGUUAGCAAAUAACUUUGAGGUCCUCAGAAGUCUGUAGGUAUGUAAAACAUUAUUGUUAUGUACAUGCAGGCUUGGGGCUCAAUGGGGAUACGGUCCCUACAUCGAAUUUCCUUUGCAAAACAGAGGGGUGGAGGGAGUGAGAGUGUAAUUGUCUCACAGAAUAAUGGAAUGGCAUGAGUUGGAAGGGACCUUAAAGAUCAUCGAGUUCCAACCUCCUUGCCGUGGGCAGGGUUGCCACCCACUUGAUCAGGUUGCCUAGAGCCCCACCCAGCCUCCACAAAUGGGGCAUCCAGAACUUCUGUGGGCAGCCUGUUCCAGUGCCUCACUACCCUUGAUAGUGAAAAUUUUCUUCCUCAUAUUUAAUCUAAACCUACUCUCUUUUAGUGUAAAGCCAUUACUCCAUGUCCUACCAUUACACUCCCUGAGGAAAAGCCUCUCCCAAGGUUUCCUGCAGGGCUCUCCAGGUACUGGAAGGCUGCAGUGAGAUCUCUCUGGAGACUUUUCUCUAGGCUGAACAAUCCCAGCUCUCAGCCUGUCUUUGUCAGAGAAGUUCUCCAGCCCUCCAGUAUCUUCGUGGCCUUCUCUGGACCCACUCCACCUGCUCUUUGUCUUGUACUGGGGGCCCCAGACCCAAAUACAAUACUCUGGCUGGGGCCUCACAAAGGCAGAGCAGAGGGGGACAGUCCCCUCCCUGCCCUGCUGCCACCCCCAUGUUGCUGCAGCCCAGGAUACAGCUGUCUGUCUGGGCUGCAGGCCACACUGCUGGCUCAUGCCCAACGUUCUGCCUACCAGGAGCCCAAGUCCUUCUCCACAGGGCUGCUCUCAAGGAGUUCUUCUCCCAGUCUGUAUGUGUCCUUGAGAUUGCCCCUAUCAUUGUGCAGCAUCUUGCACUUGACCUUGUUGAACCUCAUUAGGUUCACAUGGGCCCCGAUCUCAAGCUUGUUCAGGUCCUUUUAGAUGGCAUCCCUUCCUUCUGUUGUGCCAACUGCACUGCUGAGCUUGGUGUCAUCAGCACGUGUGCUGAGGGUGCCCUCAAUCCCAGUGUCCAGGUCUUUGAAAAAGACAUUAAAAGCAGCGGUCCAAAGAUGGAUCCCUGGGGAACGCCCCUCGCGACCGGCCUCCAGCUGGACGCAGAGCAGUGGACCGCAGCCUUUGGCUGUGACAUCCAGCCGAUUCCUUAUCCACGAUAUAGUCCACCCUUCAGGAUCUAAUUCAGAGAUAGGGAUGUGGUGAAGGACCCUGUCAGGCAUUCCAGAAGUCCAGGCAUCAGUCUUUCCCUGUUCACUUGUUCUGUCACUCCGUCAUCCAGAGUGGUCCAGGCACAGUCUGCCCUUGUUGAAGCCAUGCUGGCUGUUUCAGAUCACCUCCUUUUCUGGCCUGUGCCUUAAUGUAGCUUUCAAGAGGAUCUGUUGCAUGAUCUUCCCAGGCACAGCUUUAAGGCUCACCAGCUUCUAAUUCCCCCCAGUCUUCCUUUUGAUCCUUAAAAAAUGAGUCACCAAUCACCCAGGAUUUCACCUGACAGCCUUGACUUUUCAAAUACGAUGGAGAGUGUCUCAGCAACCACAUCACACAGCUCCUUCAGAGCUCUGGGGUGCCUGUCAUCCGGCCGCAUGGACCUGUACAUGUUCAGUGUCAUCAUGUGGUCUUGUACUUGCUCUUCUCUUACAGCAGGAGGAAUUUUGUCCCCCAAGCUGCUGCCCGGCGGCUCAGGGAUGUGAAGGUGCACAGAUAUGAGAGACACGGGAAGCCUGGCUGCCAGUGGACAGGCCAAGAACUCACUGAUUACCUCAGCCUCUUCCAUCUCAGUUGUAGGCAUUUCUUCCUUCUUGUUAUUCAGAGGAGAUGCCCUCUCCUUGGCCUGUCUCUUCUGACCUAUGUACCCCUCUUGCUAAUGUUCACAUCCCUUGCCAAGUGCAGUUCCAGCCGUGCCUUGGCUUUUCUGAUCCCAUCCCUGCACAUCCUGACAGCAUCCCCGUGUUCUUCCCAGGCCACACGUCCCUGCUUCCACAGCUUUUGCAUUCCCUUUUUUUCCCUCAGUUUGACCAGCGGGUCCUUGCACAACCACGUCAGUUUCCUGCCUCCUCUGCUUGAUUUCUUGUACUUGGGGAUGGAGAGAUCUUGCGCUCUCAGAAACGUAUUCUUAGAGAGCUGACAGCUCUGUUUUGUUCCUUCCCCCCCCCCAGGACAGCUUCCCAGAGGAUCUCAUCCAGUAAUUCCUUAAUUAGCCGGAAUUUUGCUCUCCUGAAGUUCAGAGACCUGCUGUUCUCCAGGUCUGUGUUCCUCAAGACCAUGGACUCAACCAGGGCAUGGUCACCACAGUGCAGGGUGCCUGCAGUCUGAACCUCUUGAAGGAGCUCCUCUGCAUUAGAGAGCACAAGCUCCAGUAAUGCUUUACUGCUGCUUGGUUUGCCUAAUGCCUGGGCUGGGAAGUUGUCCUCCACAUGUUCAUGAAGUAACAUAUUUCAAGAAUGAGAAACUGAAGUGCAAAUUUCCUUUUUUUUUUUUUUUCUAAAAUAUUUUGUAAAAGUGAAAGCAUUUAAAUAAAUAACCUGCAGAAAUCAAGUUGCUGCAUUAGGUGUGAACAGUAAUGCAGGGAGCUGUUUGCUCCAGCGAAGGCAGAUUGCGUAUCUUGAAAAGAAAACCAACUUUGGAUGCAUCUGUUUGACAUAGAAUGCUUUAAAGUAUGCUAAUUAUGAAAAUAGUUUAGGGUUCUGAAUGUAUGUUUGCUUGUUUUGUAGUAAAAAACACUGUGUAAUGAAGGUGCUUAAAUUAAAUCCAAGAAAAAAGUAAAUUUUGGACUUACAUAUCCGGAUGUAUAUAUACUUGGAAUACUGCAAGAUCUGGAUGUUUCACCAAUAUUUUUCUGUAGAAACUUGUAUUAAGUGAUAAGUGAAGUAUGUUUCUUGUUUGUGCUAUUCUUAGCAGUAUUUUAACCAAUUUGUAUUUCCUAUCUUAAAGUUCCAUACACACAAAAGUCUGGAAAGAGCUUGUCUUUGUCUGCUUUGUUGUUUUCAACGAGAGGGAGUUAGUGAUGGUGGUUUUUAGUGUGUAAAAUAGGCUCUUGCUGCUUCCAGACACGGCCGUGGUCAGUCCGGUCCGUGCCACUGCCCGUGCUCACUGUUCUUUGGCACCCUUCAGCUGCAGGCUUUAAUUUCCCCUCCUGCACACUCACUUCCCCUCAGCAGCAGAUUGUCCCUCGGAGCAGAGCAGAGGGAUGGAGCCUUGGUUUCCGUGUUUACUUACAUCUCUAUGUAAGGGGUAGCUAUCAAAUCCAGUCUUUCUUUUGAAGUAGUGUCAUAAAUUUUCUUUCCAACAAGGAAAAAAUCCCUAGCACACACUUAACUUAAAAAAAGUAGCACUGUACACUUUGUAAAGCAGAAAUUGAGCAACCUUUAUUCCUCAAGACAACCGCAUGAGUGUUAUAACUUUCUCCCCUUUGAUGCCAUUGUAACUAAUAGCAUUUGCAGUCUCUUUCCCUUGCUGAAGGUGCACGUGGAUUGCCAGCUUUCACGUCCUGGGUUUCUGCGAGACAUUUUGGAGCACUUCUGCUGACAAAUGUUGUUCUACCACGAAGGAGCUGGAUCGGGGCUUCAGUGCAUCAUUCCGCCCAGGGGACGCAGAUGUUUGACGUCACAGAGGAACUGAUUGCUGUUAAUUUAAAUGUAUUUUCAAGCUUUAUAUUUUUCUUUUUAAAUUCUGUGGGUAGUAAAUGUAUCCUCUGUUAUGGUACUCAGCAGUCUUAAGGAGUUUGUGCUCCUUAGUGAAUAAUCUUAAACGUUUUGGAUUUCCAUCAGAGUAAGCAAAAUAAAAUCCUCAUCCAGAGUCCCGACAGUCAUUGAAGAGGAUGAGUUACAAACACCAUCGAGGCUUCCAAACCAGACGUUGUCAGACCAAAGGAAACACAGGAAGCUUUCUGCAUUUGGUUUAUAUGUGCAGCAGCAGUAAGCUGAAGGGGGAACGUGUGGGGACACCUCUCCAUGUUGAGAAGGUUGCCACAUGUCUGCCCACGUGUCAUUGGCACCUUGAGCAGCCCAGGUAAGGAGGGGCGUGGAAACACCACGAGUGAUUGGCUGAACUCCCUUACUUAGUGGCUGUACUCCGGCCCGUGGUCUUCGAGGACGUGCAGAAAUGUGCCACGUUUCUAAAAGGAGCAGGAUGUGCCACGUGCAGUUUGGUAAUGUGGUGUAAAGGGACCGAAAGCACUGAGGUAUGCUAACCAAUCUCACUGGAACAUCAGUAAAAUGUAGAAUUCUGUACAUUAUUCUUCUCUUGUCGCGCCUUAUCAGUAGCAUUCUGGCUGAUUAUUUAUCCUCCUUGCAUUUCUACCAGUUUGUUGGGGAUUUUUCUAUUAUUUUUUUCACUGUUUCCUACAGUGCUUCUGAAAUCCUACAGCAGGUAGGAGUAAAGAAGCGGUGUGAGUAAGGAGGUUAAUUAGGAGCUAAUGUUGAGCAGGUAAACAUAUUAAACUGUACAUCUUGUCUAUUUUUUAAUAAUAAACUUUCAUGCUGUGAAGUAUCAGA